AUGAAGCCCAAGUACAGUAACGCUUACUUGCGUAAUGUUACACGAGAGAUUUUGAACCAAACAAGACUGAGUGAUAGUUUGACGAAUGUUGUUAUCACAGCUUUUGACAUGAAGCAACUUUCGCCUGCGCUAUUCUCAACUUACAAGCUGGAAGAAGUGCCCCAAUUGAAUGCCUUGCUUUUCGAUAUAGCCAUAGCGACUUCAGCAGCACCGACAUAUCUCCCGCCGUAUCUCUUUGACAACGCCGGCAAAGAGUUCAAUAUGAUUGACGGUGGCGUAGCUGCAAUUAAUCCGGGUGUGGUUGCUUUGAGUGAGGUGGCGACACAGAAGCUGAAAAAUCCAAAGCUAUUCCCAAUGAUGAAGAACCCAAAUGAUGACACGAAAAUCUUAUUGCUUUCAUUGGGCUGUGGAGAAUCAGCUGUGAGAAAUGAGUACAGUGCUGAAGAUGCAGAUUCCUGGGGUGCUUUGAAAUAUAUGAUCAAUUUCAAGACUUCUUCAAGUCCCAUAACUGAGUUUAUGUUUGAUGGAAAUAUGGACAUGUCGGAGUAUCAUCUUGCUUCUCUUUUCCAAGGCCUUAAUGCUGAGGACAACUAUCUUCGAGUUCAGAGAUGGCUCAAAUGGAUAACUCUACAGCAGAGAAUUUGCAGAAUCUGGAAAACUUUGGAGAGAAUAUAUUAAAGAAUGUGACUAAGAGGUGGAACGUCAACACUUUUAAGCUGGAGGAAGUUCCGGACAAGGUUACAUGUGAAGUGAAUCUCAAAAGGGUGGCACAGAUUCUGUGCGAAGAGAGAAAGACGCGUUUGGAAAGAAUGGCAGAGCCGAAGAUUCGUUCAGUCGUUUAAUUUGCAGUGUCCAACUCCAAGUAAAUCGCCUUUGAAGAAUCCAGUUAGGCUCUCUAAGUACUUUUCAUAGCUUUGGUCCCUUCAAAUUUCGAUAGUAUGCCCUAGAAAAGGUAAUUAAUGUA